AUGGCGGGCUUGGAGGUCCUGUUCGCGUCGGCGGCGCCGACGAUCACCUGCGCGCAGGACGCGCUGGUCUGCUUCCUGCACUGGGAGCUGGUGAUGCGCGGCUACCACUGCGUGGGUGCCGGCGAACAGCCGCAGCCCAGUGAUAAGAAAUCGGAACUGCUGCCUGUCGGAUGGAACAACAAUAAAGACCUGUACGUCCUCCGCUAUGAGUCGAAGGAUGGGUCCAGAAAGCUCCUUGUAAAGGCUGUCCCUGUGGAGAAGAGCAUGAUCAUCAAUGCGCUGGAAUAUGGCUCACAGCAUGUGUCAGAUUUGACCCUCAACUUGGAUGAUCAUAUCGAUUCAGAAAACCUGCUUGACUUCCCCAGGACCUACAGGAACAGUGAGGAACUUCGGUGUCGUAUUGGGUCUGAAAUCAUCACACCUCUUCACGAGCCUUGGGACAAGACUAGUGUGAGCAGUUCCCAACGGGAGUUUCCGCCUGCCACUGCCAGAGAGGUGGACCCACUCCAGAUUCACCCACAGCACCCACACAUUAGCCGGCCUCCUUCCUGGUGUGAUCCCCUGGGCCCAUUUGCUGUCGGGGGAGAGGACCUAGACCCCUUUGGGUAUCGAAGAGGUGGCAUGAUUGUGGAUCCUCUGAGAUCUGGCUUCCCAAGAGUACAAGUUGACCCAUCCUCGGGCCUUCCAAACCGGCUUCCUCCAGGCGCUGUGCCUCCAGGAGCGCGCUUUGACCCCUUUGGACCCAUUGGGACCAGUCCAGCUGGCCCGAGGAGGCCUGACAGAAGUGAUCAGUGA